CCACGCUAAAGCCUUGUUGAUUCAAGUGAAAAUCAUUUUUGAGCUGUCUUGAGACUGUCAAAACAAAUACAUAAUUGUGCUGGCCAUGCUUCAACAAAGAUGAAGUCGAGUUCUCCUCUUGGAACAGUGACUAAUGCCCAUUUGCAGGCGCUCACUAAAGCUUUAUGGUCAUGGCAUAUAUGCGCAGACUGCGAAAUGAAAAAGCCUUGCACGACAACCAAUUGCUCAUGGUCUAGAUCAACAGUCCUCGGUCCAUAUUUCGAGUUCUUCAAAAUUUCCACAUACAAUUAUACGUGCUAUCUAGCCCCUGGUCAGACUCCAGGGCUUGCAUCCUACGAGGAUUCAAGAUUAUAGAAGCCUUGAAAUCGUACCCCGAAUAUACAAAAACAGAGUUGUUGGAAGCACUCUUUACUGAUCGACCCGUGCGGCCCGAUCAGGAGCGUGCUCUUGAUCUUGCAGCUCAGAUGUUCAUGAUGAUUAAUUGCUCUACAUUGCGCCAAUCUUCCCUCCUGUUAGAGUACGGAAAUCAACAAGCACAUUGGCAUAACGAGGAUUGCUAUAGUUAAUUUCUCCACGACAUGUUCCCAAGAACAGCCCAUCCAAACAUUGAUGAGAUUAAGGACAAAAUUCGAGCGACGAAAUUGAAGAAACAUGCAGGACUCAGGUUUCAACCAACGAAUGAUUUGAGAAUCAUUUGAAACUUGAUCAAAAGGCUGGGGUUGUCGAAAUCUUCCAUCAUGCUGCUUUUCUGAAAGAGCAACUGCGGUUUUCGAAAGAAAUCCCGCCAUAAAUGUCUGCGCCUGAUCUUAUCCUACAGUAAGUACAGAAAAGCUUCGAAUUGAGAGCAACGAGAUCGAUUAUCUCUUUAAUGCUGGUUUAAAGGGAGAAUAAACAGGUCUCGAUGCUAACAUUCGUUAAAUCUAGGGGAAUACUACCUCAGGCAAUCGCCCUCGAGGCGCUAGAAUCUGUCCAGAAGGUUCUUUUUCCUCUCGCAGAUAUUAAAUCCAGAGGGCUUCUACUAUCUUUCACAUCGAUAUCAAAUUGCAACUUCAACAUCGAUAUGCUCAGGUAUGAAAGUUUGUCAAUUCGUAGACCAGAGGAGAACAAUGUGCAAUAUCAUUAUUUUGGAAAACGAUUGGUCGAUCUUCACUACGAACUAAUGAACCCAAGCCCCAGAGGAUUCGAAAAAUGGUUCGAAAGGAGGAGUAGCCCCAGAUUUGUGAUGAUGGCUACACUGGCUGGAGUUAUGCUUGCUAUCUUCUUGGGGUUGUUGGGUUUAGUACUGGCUGCAUUCCAAACUUAUAUUGCAUAUAUGGCGUGGAAACAUCCCGUUCAAGCAUCUUUGGGUCCAUAGAGAAAUUUGCUACAGCCAGCAAGAAAUUCCUAGUUCUAGAAAAGCACAAAAGUCGUGGUGAUAGAGAUGAGAUUGCGAGCCAUG